GACGCCACCAAGAAGGGGGCGGGGCCACGUCGCGUCCGCGCCAUCGGCAGCAGAUCAACUCGCGGUGUGCAUGGUUUUGCCUGCCAAACGCUUCUGCUCGGUGCCAUCCAUGGAGGGCGUGCGCUGGGCCUUUUCCUGUGGCACUUGGCUGCCGAGCCGAGCCGAAUGGCUGCUGGCGGUGCGAUCGAUCCAGCCGGAAGAGAAGGAGCGCAUCGGCCAGUUCGUCUUCGCCCGGGACGCGAAGGCAGCCAUGGCUGGUCGUCUGAUGAUAAGGAAAUUAGUUGCAGAGAAGUUGAAUAUUCCUUGGAAUCACAUUCGUUUGCAAAGAACCGCAAAAGGAAAACCAGUUCUGGCAAAGGACUCAUCGAACCCGUACCCCAACUUCAACUUCAACAUCUCUCAUCAAGGGGACUACGCGGUGCUUGCUGCUGAGCCUGAGUUGCAGGUCGGAAUUGACGUGAUGAAGACUAGUUUCCCAGGUCGUGGUUCAAUUCCAGAAUUUUUUCAUAUUAUGAAACGAAAGUUUACUAACAAAGAAUGGGAGACAAUCAGAAGCUUUAAGGAUGAGUGGACCCAACUGGAUAUGUUUUACAGGAAUUGGGCGCUGAAGGAAAGCUUCAUCAAAGCCGUUGGUGUGGGACUGGGAUUUGAACUGCAGCGGCUUGAGUUUGAUAUCUCCCCAUUAAACUUGGACAUAGGCCAGGUUUAUAAAGAAACGCGUUUGUUCCUGGAUGGGGAAGAAGAAAAAGAAUGGGCAUUUGAGGAAAGCAAAAUAGAUGAGCACCAUUUUGUGGCAGUGGCUCUUAGGAAACCUGAUGGUUCUAGACAAAAAGAUGUUCCUUCCCAGGAUGAUUCUAAACCAUCCCAGAGGCAGUUUACUAUUCUUACCUUUAAUGAUUUAAUAUCGUCUGCUAUCCCCAUGACACCUGAGGACCCUUCCUUUUGGGACUGUUUCUACUUUACAGAAGAAAUCCUAAUCCGAAAUGGUACAAAGUCAUGAUACGAUUCACCAAGUAACAAAAGAAAGCGACAGCUGUUUGUAAUCUUCUGUAUUCACUGAAAAAAAUAAAUCCCUGAGAGUAUAAAAAGCAGUUUUUUUAAGAAACCAAAACCUUUUACUAUUACAAAAGCAGCCUUGUCUUUCAAGAUAGGCCCCUAGAGCGCGCUUCCCCCUUCCUGUCCAAACGUGGGCGGAGUGAACAGACAGAAUCUUCACCGAUACACAGAGAUGGUAGGAAAUGCAGAUAUGGGAAAGGAAAUCUCUAGAUCCUGUCAGAAAUCGCUAGUCUGAGCUUUGAGAAUCUCUCUAGACCGUUUUUUCCUGACAAAUAAAUCCAUAUUAACUUUUUUUUUAAUGGGCACGUGCUGUUUUUUAAUUUUUUUAAACCCUGCAUGUACUGUUACAACUGUGCCUCUGUUACAUGAACAUACAGUGGUUCUGCAGCACUUACGUGACUAGUAGCAAUGUGAUCAGAGGGAGCAGUGUUCAGUUAUAAUUAGGUUAAUAACUAGGGACAUUUACAGUUCAGGGUGGUUAUGUUUUAGCGUUUGUUUGUUUGGCCUUAGCCUCAAUGUAUUUAUUUGGCCUUAGGCUCAUUCCCCUUCCCAAUUACAAAAACAACUGCUGUAACUUCCAGUUUUACAUCUUAAUAAAAAUUGCAUGUGUGAGGCAGGCAAUGGGAAAGGCCAUUUUGCCCAUUCUAGUUGUCUGGUUGGUGAGGAAGAUGGCUCCCACAGUCCCCCGAAGGUGUCCCCACAGUUUCUGUUGAUUCAGACCUGGCCACAGAGAAAACCAAUGUCUGACACUUCUGCCUCUUUAGUAGAUUGUUGGAAAAGAAAAACCCAAGGCAGGUUUCAGAGGAUGGCCCUGAGCUGCAGCCUGCUACCUGGCGUAAGAAGGGUGUCAUGAUAUGUUCAUUCUCCUCUGUUAGACAUUUCAGUUGUCUGCAUUUUAUUGCUGUUAAGUGGUGGUACAGUGAGUAUCCUUGUACAUGUUAAGGCACAUAAUUAUGUUCUUAAUAAGGUUUUUAGAAGUAGGAUAACUGAUUCAAAGGGCUUACGCAUUCAUUUUUAAAGCUUUGGUAAGUAUUACCAUAUUUUGCUCUUCAAAAGAUUGUACAGUAUAUGCUCUUUGUGGUACGUGCGUGACCACUUCCACCUGUAUGCUUCCUGGUCAACUGUAGUUACUAUCUUUUAUUUUCCUGUAUAUUUAAUCUUUGCUAGUAUAACUGAAAAAUACGGCAUUUUAAAAAUUUGUAUUUCAUUCAUUGCAAAGGAGAUACAUUGAUGUUAUUGGCUAUUUGUAUUUCUUUUUUAAUGACCCUUUUGCUCGCCGUCUGCAUCUGUUUCUAUGUUAAAAGUAGGACAUGAGGUGUGAACAUAAAGUAUUAAGAUGCCAAGGCCAUCAUAUUGAUGACAGAAUCUGUUACGUGGUUGUAGUGCAUGUCUUCGGGGUUAGUCUUGUUAUUGUUAAAUAUCAAGCAGUAAAGUAUUUCACUGUUUCUAUUACUAACAUUAAAAGUUGCGUGUCAAUUAUAUAAAAGUAGGUACUUUGCUCAGUAAAAAAAAAUGGAAUGUUUUAUAUUUCUUUUAUGAAGCAUGCUGUUAUUCUAAGCCUAGUAAAUAAUGGGUCUUAAAAAGAUCGAAUAGCAUUUAUGAUAGAGGAAGUAUUGUUAUCUCUAGCAUGAAUGUAAUGGUGAUACCAAGAAUCAUUUGUCUCGUCUCUAUAAUAAUAAAAUGAUUAACUGUUAUGGGAUUUU